AUGAGCACAUCCGAUGACGUGGAGACAAUAUGGCAUCCAGCUGAUAUUUUCUCAGAUGAACCUGGCGAACACCAGAAAUAUGCGCUGAUAGUUCUAAACCAACCUCUGAAACUUGACAUUUCAUUCUAUCGCAAAAUUUGGGCUAACUGCUCCGUACACAUUGGCGCAGAUGGAGGCGCCAACCGAGUACACGACCUGGUCAAGUCUGAACAGGAGCGUCUUCCCCUAGAUCUUGUGAUUGGCGAUCUUGAUUCUUUGACUUCCCAAGCGCGCAGUUUCUGGGAAGGCCAAGACGUUAAGGUGCUCCAUGAUCCAGAUCAGUAUUCGACAGAUUUCACCAAGUCUGUCCAACAUGUCUGGUCUACCGAGCAAACAGAGCCUAUAAAUAUCGUGGUUCUGGGCGGUUUGGGUGGACGUGUCGAUCAAGGAAUAUCCGUACUGCAUCAUCUAUAUAUGUUCCAAAAGAGCUAUGACUCCGGAAAGAUGUUCCUCUUGUCAAGCGAGGGGAUCACUUUCGUGUUGAAGUCGGGGAAGCACAAGAUCAAAUCUAGAGCCAGUUUCCGGGGAGUAACUUUGGGUGAAAAUGUUGGCAUUAUUCCGCUCAAGGAGCCUUCAAUCAUUAGCACCAAUGGCCUGGAAUGGGACGUUACGAAUUGGCAGACCGAGUUUGGCGGAUCAAUCAGUACAAGCAAUCAUGUAAAGGCUGAUUGGGUAUCGAUUGAGACUACAAAGGAUGUUUUGUUCACUAUCGAUUUCGCAACGUUGAGGGAAUAA